AUGAUGCAUGUUCAGCUUGGGGACGACAUCUCGUCAGAGUCAGAGUCCGGAGAUAUCUUGACACCUGUCUCUGUUGCUGUGCUUCGCCUUGAGUACUCUUCGGAUCAGGCUGUGAUUUCUUUGCCACUUCCAGCCCAGCGUCCCACCAUCUCGGCAGAGACCUUCCCAUCUUUGCUGUCGGUGUUGCCACAGCCAGCUAUCGGUGUUGCCCUUUUCAUCGCACAUCCUGCAUGGUCGAAUGGGUCAGAUCUUGUGUGUAUUGACACCACUGCCAUUGAUGGGCGCCUCUUUGUUGCGCAGGCACCACCCUAUGCCAACAAGCAUUCCUUGCUUUUGAUUGCGCACCUCCCGCGUGGAGUUGAUUUUGAGGUUUUCUUCAGUGUGGAUCAGAUACCUGUUGAAGAGCAGCCUGUGCACCUUUUCCCUGGAGCCUUGAUCACUUUUCUCCAUGCUGACUGCCCACCACCAACCCGUUUCACGUUGGGUGAGCUCUUGCAGUCGCCCGAUCCAUGGGGUGCUGAGGUUCGACUUCCUACUCCGGCCGUCAUUGAGGCUUGCUGUCUGGUACACAAGGGUCCUGCGCGCCUUUGCGUCGAUGCAACCAGAUAUCCAAUGGCAUAUCGAGAUGCCAUUGCGGCCACAACGGGAGCUGACCCAACCAGAAUGCGGCUUUUUGCCGCGACGCCUCAACCUGAUGAUGUUGCGCUACAAGGAGUGCCUUUUACAGCCACGCUUGCCGUCGGUCAUCCACCCCCGGGUGUGCGCCACUCCGUGUGGCACUGUGCUCUCUUAGACUGUCGGCCACUUGAAGCAUCUUGGAAAGCUGUGCCCAUUUACAAUGGCUUUGUUGCGCAGCGCACACUCUUUGCCAGCCUUUGUGAUUAUGAACGUACGGGUUGGACAUUGCGGCUUGACGGCCUCCCCGAAGGGCCGGGUGUGCGAUGGCUAGCUCCGGGUCAAAUUGUCACCGCCACCCUUGUCGAGUGUGAGGUUUACUCUGCCGGUUCCAGCGAGGCUUCUGCCCCUGGUCCUUCUCCCGGUGACUCUGUUCAAGCCGAUACUGGUGCCACCCCAGCUGACCACGGAGGAGAUGCUUCUGGACCGCACCCUUCGCCUGCACCCACAGAAGGCCAUGUCUCUGUCCCUGAUGCUUCUUUGUCCGUCGAUUCGCCGAUCGACGUUCGGCGGGUUGUUCCGGCCCACUUCCUCAUAUGUGUGCCUGCUUACGCCCCGGAACAGAUCAUCGUCCAGUUGCCGGUGCCUUGUAGCCUCACUGAAGCUCUGCAGCUUGUGACUCAAGCACGGGACGCUAGACGGCGGGCUUGGUUCCCUCGGUUGUUCCCCGUCAGUCACCAGUUUUGCCCCACACGAGGAAUCCUCCUAGCUUUGCCUCCCUGGGAGGUGCCGGGCGUGCCUGUUUUGAUUGAAAACGGCCUUGCGCAGGGUCGGUUCUUUGCUUGCAUGUCCCCGCCGCGGGCGCAAAGACAGCAUCUUCUUGCUUUAGCUCAGCUUUCUCCGUCGGAGAACGUGCAUGUUUACGUUCGUGAUAUGCCUUGGCCCCUUGACCAUGGAGCCACUGUACAUGUUGAGCCAGGAGACCUUAUUUCUCUGCAGUCGCCGCAACAUGCUGUGGUUGUUUUGACCACCCUUACAGACAUGCUCUGUGAUGCUGCCUGCUGGCAGCCCCCUGUGCCCUUACGGUUUCCGCGUGCCAACGCGUUGUGGCUGCUGAAUGAUGGAGCCUCUCGGCUUUUUCAUUUCGACCCGACUCGGCAACACCGCGUCCGUCGCGACUUCGCUGCUGCUCUACGGACCGGCAAGACCCACGAUCUUGAUGUUUUAGGCUUCUGGGCUCGAGCGGCUCUAGUUGUCACUUCCCUGCCCAUCCGAAUAGAGACCAAUGGUCAAGGACUCUUUCCCUAUAUUCUAGAUGCCAGGCCAGUUUUUCUUGGUGUUGAUUGGGCAGCUAAUGCCGAGGGCGUCCUUAACCUCAGAACCAUUGAGCAGCGUUUCUUAUCGCGGUGCCCUCCAGGAUCGCGGAUCUCUUGUGUUGGCGGCUGGCCAGAAGCACCACCGAUGCAACACUUUGUCCACUUUCGUCCUGGUGAGGUCUUCACGCUCUCCUUCGAGCCUGCUCCCUUGCGGACUUGGGGCGGUAGCGGUUCCGCCUCUGUUGCUGUGGCUUUCGACGGUGACCAGUCCUCCGCCCCACAGGUCUUUGCUGGACAGGGCCCUGACGACGGACCUGGUACCAGUCCAGCUCCUGUCAACACAACAGCGUCUGGCUAUACUGGUGAUGGCAGGGGACGGCAUGUUCCAGCCUCAGGUCGUCAUCUUUGUGCGCGCUCUCCAUUAUCUGCACAAGCUAGCCUCAGGCAGCUUCUUCUCCUAUGGCUAAGCAUCACAGUUGCUCCGAACGAAGCCAUUGGCGCCGAACAGCCUGGCUUUGACACUCAUACGGCAUUCAUGUCGUGUCUCCGGGUCGAUCGAGAUACCAAGUGGAUUGCGGUUUUUCUACUCGAUGCUCGUCCUUCCGAGCCACUGCCGGACACCUCUGCACUCUCGACCUUGCACAGCAGCUAUGCUUUGCUCUCUUCCGUUGCUGCUUCUGAUGGACCAACUACUUCUUGGGGCCCAGUUGUGCUGGCCUGCCUUUGCUUCUUUUGGCUUGGCCUACUUGUGGUAACGAGGCUGCGUUCCGCCCUGCGGUGUGUCUGCUUUGGCUCCACUACAGCGGCGGUUACCUGUUGUAACUGCUCUUCUCGCCGCCCUGGUCUGGUUGGUCCUUGUUUUUGGCCGUGCUGGCGCGUGAUGCUUGUUGCCGUUUGCUGCAUCUCCGCCUGUGAAGCCAGCCCUGUCGAUCGCACACUCAAUCCUCCCCCACUGCCCCCUGGGGGGCAGCAUUUGGGCUCCGAUCGGGACACUAACUUUGGCAGCAAUCAUGGUGUCCCGCAAUGCCUUGCUCUUCUUGCGCACAGACGGCCUGUGCCCACACCUGUGCGAGGACGCUCCCCACGCCGCCUUCCAUCUCCCAGGAUAAAGGCUUCGCAGGACGCUCCUGACUCUGAGCCUCAGGGUCCUUCAAGAUGUGUUGAAGUUGAGCCGUGCACUUCUGCGAGCGGGUCUGCGGAUCUCCCCCUGCCUGCUGUCCCAGUUACAGAACCGGCUAUCCGCCCGCGUUUGUCCUUGAGCAUUUUGCUGCCUCUUGCGAGUUGGGAUCCUGACCCGGUCCUGCCUCUCCCUUGGACAGAGGCACCACUUCAUGCUCUCAGUCUCCUGGGUGAUGGCUGCCCGAGCAUUGGCGGGGUCGCAUGCCAUUUCACUGCAUCCCAGCUAUGGGACCUCUUGUGUCCGAGGGUUUCCUUCGUGACACUCAGCGACCUUUGCCAACUCCUACCAACACAGGACACUACGUUCCUUGCGACACUCGACCCCCACCCUAAUGUGAUCCCCACCCAUCAGGUGUGGUGUUUCACUGAUGGUUCUUACACCCCACCAAGGGAUGGUCAUCCCGCCAGGCUUGGCUGGGCGUGUGUUUUCUCUACUGGAGAUCCCCCCUGUUUUAGCAUUGUUGCUGGCAGCGUUCCGCCCUUCUUUAUUGCGCCCGCCGAUGUACCCUCUGCAUUUGUGGCGGAGUGUUGCGCUCUGACUGCUGCUAUGUGGUUGGGCACCACUGCUUUUCGUGGAUAUCACCCUGUGUAUAAGGCUGAUUGCAAGGCAGCUUUGUUUGUCGCUGAGGAUGGUCAUGGCCUCACCGAUCGCGCUGCUGCCCAAGCCCUGAGGUCUAUCAGGAUCUUCACUGAAGCCCUUGCCCAACACCCUCCGGCGUUCGAGCAUGUUGCGGGACAUUCGGGCAACUUUGGAAAUGAGCUCGCUGAUGCCGCUGCUCGACUUGCAGCACGUGGCAUUGAUGUUGGGUUUCUCCCAUGGCAUCCGGGUGGGCCGGACGCUUUCGAUUGGUGGUCAGUUGACACGCGUCACGUUGAGUGGGCCGGCGUUGUGUGCCAGGCGGCCCUUGGAAAUGUAUCGCUCCCUGGGCCUUCCCCACGCAUUACCGUGUUCUGUCCGACGCCUCCUGAACUUUCCCCAGCCGAGCAAGUUGCUCCAUUUCUUCCUGUGAGUGUGCCACAGCCGGUGUCAGAUGAUGGGGCACCAGCUGCACAACUUGCCCUCCGGUUGCUCUCCUACAACGUUCUCUCACUGAAUGGAGCAGCUUACGCUGACGGCGCCAAUCUGGGGCUCGCUUUUGCUGCUGGCCGUCCCGCUCUCUUGGCUUCCACGCUUCGGGAGCAUGAAAUUGGGAUUGCCUUUGUCCAGGAAGCCCGUACGCCAGAAGGCCUUGUCAACACGGAUGAUUAUCUCCGAUUUUGCUCCGGUACGGAGAGGGGACAUCUCGGGGUUGAGAUAUGGUUACGGCGCAACCUUCCGGUUGUGUCUAGAGGUAGGGAGCACUUGGUUCUCUUGUGUCGUGACGCUUGCUCCGUGCUCCUUAGUGACCCUAGGAGGUUAGUGGUGCAUUUUCAACAGGGUAGCCUACGUCUGCACUUCAUAUGCCUCCACGCCCCUCAUAGGGGGCAUUCAGAGGAAGAGCUCACAGCGUGGUGGAAUGACACUAUCCGUCUGUGCUCCAAAUUUGCGAAAAUCGCUCCCCUAGUUCUCGGAGGGGACCUCAAUGCCUGUAUUGGCAGCCACACCGAUGAUGCCAUUAGUGACGCAUGUGCUGAACAGCAAGAUCUGGCUGGCUCUUUCGUGCACGGAUUGGCUGCUUCAGGUCAGCUGUGGUUCCCUGCUACCUGGGACGAGGUGCAAAGUGGCACUGGAUGGACAUUCUUCCAAAAACGCAACUCCGCUGCUACGCGGCCUGACUUCGUUGCUCUUCCUCAGGUGUGGAGAGAUGCCUGCGUUGCUGCUUGGGUUGAACCGAACAUUCACGCUGGCCAGGCCUGCCUUGACCAUCUUGCCACCGUUGUCAGCGUUGCUGCUACCCUGUCUAACAUUGGUGGCCCCCCUAGACCUCGGAAGUCUCGCAUUGAUACUGUUGCCUUGCGAGCUCCAGCCAAUAAGGCGCGCCUUCGUGGGGUCUUGCAACGCCUUCCUGUGAUUCCCUGGCAAACCUCCGCCGAUACGCACGCUGCAAUGCUGGUUCGCAGUCUUCAGGAUGCUCUUGCCGAUGAGUUUCCUCUACCCAAAGCAGGUCCUAAGCGCGGCUACCUUUCUGCUGAAACCUGGCAGUUGCACCAACAUGUUGCUUUCCUCCGCCAUCGCUGUGCUCGCUUGAAAGCCGCAGUUCGCAAGCAUACUCUUGCCGCGUUCUUUGCCAUCUGGCUCGGCACUGACCGCCACUUCCCAUCGGCUUUUCUGUGGGCCAGGCAGGCCGAUUAUGUUGGCACUGUAUGCAGCGAGCAGCUACGUGCUGCCGCGACUGUGCUUAGGCAGCGUUGCAAGGCGGAUCGGACUGCGCAUCUUGCAGCAUUAGCCGAUGCUGUGCAGGCCAACCAAGUGGACGGGGCUGCUGCGCUCCAGCAGCUCCUCAAGCAGAAGCAUAAAAAGCCAUACACGCCUGAUGUGCUGCCCCGCCUGCGUAAGGCUGAUGGCAGGAUGUGCCAAACCGGGUCCGAGAUCACAGCGCGGUGGAGGCAACACUUUGAGGAUAUGGAAGCCGGGCGUCAGUGCGCGCCGGAGGAUCUUGCUGGCCCUUCCUCGAUAGGGGCCUGGCCUCUACCUUCGUGCAUUCUUGACAUUCCGGCCCCAGGGGAACUGAUGCGUGCUCUUGCUGCAUCCAAAGCCGGGAAAGCUCCCGGACCGGAUAUGAUACCGGGGGAAGCCCUGUCUGGGAUCCCUUCAGCCCUGGCUUUGCACCUGCUUCCCUUGCUUCUCAAAUUCUGUGUGCGCGGCACAGAGGCUGUUGGUUUACAGAGCUCGACGCUUUGCACGCUUUACAAACAGAGGGGCCGAGUGCAGCUCAUACAGGGCUAUCAUGCUCUUGCCCACCAUUGCAAAGGCAUUGCAUCGUUCUUUGAGGCCACGCCUGUGAAGAGCUCCUACGCCGUGAUCUUCGCGGAUGUGGCCUCUGCUUAUUACAACUCACUUAGAGAGCUCACAGCGCGGCACCCCUGUGGUGAUGGACGUCCUCCGAAUCUGGAUUUUGUUCCUGAGCAUGAUGGGUUGCAGCAACAGCUGGCCAAGCCCAGUGUGCUGCAACAGGGCGGUGCGAGUGCAUGGUUAGAGGCCAUUGUUGCUGAAAUGCAUCGACGGACUUGGUUCACUGUAACUGGUGACGGACAGCCGGUCCAGACCAGGCGAGGCUCACGGCCGGGAUCUACGUUCGCCGAUCUGAUGUUCGGAGCAGGUGUAACAGCUAUUCUUGACCUAAAGAAUGAGCUUCGUGCUGGAACGCCGGGCGCCGCGGCAAAGCCCUCCAUCCCGUGGGACGGGCGACGGGACCUCAGCUAUCCCUCAGCUGCCAAUACUGCAGUCUCCCUGGAGGACGUCGUCUGGGCCGACGAUGUGGCCGAAUGUGUUGUUUUUGAGGAUGCAGGAUCAGCUUCUGUCCGGGUGGCUACCAGCACCUCUAACUUUGCUGAGGCCUUUGCCAGUUUUGGUUACACUCUUACUUUUGGGGCUACCAAAACAGCGGCCAUGAUGAAACUUACCGGACCGGGAUCCAGGAGAGCUAGAUCUGAGCUCUUUGGCCGCCAUGCCUGCCUCCCGGUGCUUCUCGAGAAUGCGCCUCCGGCAACCCUGCCGGUUGUCACUUCUUACAAGCAUUUGGGCAUGAUUCAAACCCCCGGAAACUCUCUGCUCCCGGAGAUCAAGUAUCGAUGCGGAAACGCUUGGCAGGCUUUUCGUCAGGGCCGGAAAGCUGUUUACCGCAACAAAAAGCUCUCCAUGGCUCGCCGUGGCACUCUCUUGGGAUCCGCUGUUUUGACUCGUCUCUUCUUUGGAGCGGGCGCCUGGCCCUUUCUCCGGCCUGGCGAGGAGCAAACCCUCAUAGGUACUAUGAUGGGAAUCCUGCGACAGACUUUAUGUGUCCCACACGGAGGCGAUCAACAUGUUUGUCGUGCCGAAACGUGUGCUCUGUUGGGAGUCGCUGACCCUGUCACUGCGCUUCGAGUUGAGAGACUCCGAUAUGUCCGACAACUUGUCGCUGCUGCCCCGGACGCACUCUGGGCGCUGGUCCGCCUGGACGCUGCCCUCUUAGAGGCGUAUCGCGAUGCAUUCGGAUGGCUCUAUGGCCUUCUCAAGGCCACUGUCCCACUGCCUGAUCCCUUGUCUGAUUGGGAGCCGUGGUGUCGGGUUAUGACCGAGCGCCCGGGCCGUUUUCGAGGAUGGAUUAAACGUGCCAAACGGCUCGCUGUCUUGCGCCUAACCUGCGGCGCGGCCCUCUUUGCUCUGGCCAGGUGUGUUAGGGAGGUUGGAUCGGCGCGUGAUCCUGCCGCUGCUAAUGAGGCUUCCUUUACUGAGGCUUGA